AUGACAAAGAGAAAAUAUCCAAUGCGUAAGAAUGCAAGGAAAUUAAAACGCCCUUUGGAAGGACCAAGUGAUUCCAUUUCUACAACAUGCCUAUCUCGAUAUCGCAAAGAGACAAAUAGUUUCUCUUUUCCAAUUUGUAGCCAAAGAAGUGAGAUUUACCUCUUUGAGCGUCUGCCCUUGGAAAUACUUCACUAUAUCUUGGAUUUUUUAACUGUCGAUGACUUACAAACUUUCGCCUCGGCGUCCAAUCCAUUCGACAUAUGGACUUUAGGUUAUUUGAAGCGUACAACUGUCAUUAAGAAGAUAUUUAACCUUUCAUUGCUAAAAUGUACAACUGAAGACAAGCAAAAAAUCACUGUCAACUGCACUGCAAUAACUCGAUUACGAUCCAGAUUUAAAAUGCAAACCAAACUAAAUACACUUUAUGAUGCUUUAGGUAAAACUUGGGCAGUAGCUUCUUCCAAUUUUCAACAGAAGGAAAGAUAUAAGUUGCUAGCCUACGUACUGAAAAUACUUGUUUCCACCUUUACGGAAAUACUUUGCCAUUAUGCAAGUGAUCACAAUUGCUUCUUUUACAUCGCCUGUGCAAAGUUUAUUGAUAAAUUUACAUCAAUGUGGCCACAGGAAGAUAAACUGAGUGCAUAUGAGUACAUUCUCGAAUACGACUACUUCCAUAACAAGAUUAAAUCGACACUUUUUAAUCUGAAAUUUCCUGUUGCCAUUAAAAAUGAGAAUCAUGAAAUCUUUCAUAUAAGGCAUUUCUUUCGCGAUAUUUUCCUUGAUCGGUACCGAAAUAUUGAGCGAGGAAUACGUUUAUCAAUUGCUCUGAAACCGUGGCCAAUUUUUAUUCAAGCUCGUUUGAUAUAUAUGUUAUAUGCUUCACCAAUCUUAUUAAAAGAAUGGCAAAUCCAAACGGAUGAAGCCGUGGCAUUUGGUGAAGUAUUCAAAUGUCUGAAGCUAACGGCUGACGAUGAUAAUCAUAAAUUUAAAGAUGACGACUGGAUUAGUAUAUUAUGGGACCUUCGUGAAGCAGCUUCGGAAGUAUGGCUUGAAAAUUAUUUGCCACUAAUAUUGUUGUAUGGUGGUGAGCAAGUAUAUACUACAUACUUAACAACAAAACUGUCAUGUGGCCGAUUAGAGGAAGUGUGCGGUUUGGUUAUUUCGCUGAUAAUUAUAUUGUGGGAAAAUGUAGCACCAGAAAGAUGUUGUAGAACCUGGCUAUUAAAAUUACUGAAGAAAAUUGAGCAAGAAUUGCCUGACAAGUAUAAGCUAUUUAUUAGAGCAUUAUUUCGUUAUUUUCGACAUGAGAUCGCCAUCAAUGCGUUCCCUGUAAAUGACUGGAAUAAAGGUUAA